CAACACCACCUAGAAAAACUACAUCAAUGUCUAAGUCAACACCACCUAGAAAAAACUACAUCAAUGUCUAAGUCAACACCACCUAGAAAAACUACAUCAAUGUCUAAGUCAACACCACCUAGAAAAACUACAUCAAUGUCUAAGUCAAAACCACCUAGAAAAACUACAUCAAUGUCUAAGUCAACACCACCUAGAAAAACUACAUCAAUGUCUAAGUCAACACCACCUAGAAAAACUACAUCAAUGUCUAAGUCAACACCACCUAGAAAAACUACAUCAAUGUCUAAGUCAACACCACCUAGAAAAACUACAUCAAUGUCUAAGUCAACACCACCUAGAAAAACUACAUCAAUGUCUAAGUCAACACCACCUAGAAAAACUACAUCAAUGUCUAAGUCAACACCACCUAGAAAAACUACGGCACAACACACUAUAACAACAACUAGAAGAAAAACCCCAACACACGCAAAAACUUUUACAGCUUCACACUUCUGGACACUACCAGGAAAAAACACCACAGUCAGUCCAGGUGCUACUGUAACUACUGUACGCAUAAUUACACCUCAGAAUGCUACUAACACAGGUAUGACUCCCACUACCAUCAAUACCAACAAUACAAUCAAAGAAUGUGUGACAGCACCGUUCUUGGUAGCUCAACGCAUCACAGACUUCAACAGAGAACUGUCCAACAUAACUAUGAGAAUCAAUGAAAUUACCAAGGAACUGAUCAAGUGUUCACUUGACAAAGACAAGCUGAACAAAGUUCAUAUUCUCUCAUCAAACCUCGAAACUGCUCUCCAAGAGUUGAAGAACAUACAGGCAGAGCUGGAGAGCAUAAAAGGACCUCAUCGCAGAUUCCUCUUGUUUUCCUCAUUACAAAAUCUCCUCAACACUGUCAACUCCAGAGCUCAUGUGGUGUGUGGCAACAGCGAGCACAUGCUGCUGAAGUCCCUGAAGGAUCUGUCCUGGGCCCUGAGUGCCCUGACAGAGGACAUUGACAGCAGCAAGCACCAAUACCAGGUCAACAAUGCUGCACGAACAGCAGUCACUGCCUUCUCUCAGGUGGUUCGUGGACACUGCGAGCUGAGCAACAAUGAACAGGCAGAGGUUAAGCAGCUCUUGAACCACCUGAGUGACCAUAAGAUAAAGAAGGUGGCUGCUCUUCUCUCUCAGAGUGAGGAUGCUAACCUGGCCAAGAAGUCAGAAUUGGAGAAUCAGUUGCAACAGCUGGAAGGUCGCAAGUGGCAGGUAGAAGCAGUUCUCAAGCAAUAUAAGUUUAAUGCUUCUGCUACUAUUACUGGAACAACUGUUGCUGGUGGUGGUACUGCUGAUCGUGCUUCUCCAGGUGCUAAUGCUGAUGUUAAUGAAGCCUUGGCUACUACUGGUGGAGGGGGUGGUGCCACUGGUGCUGCUGAUGCUGCCGUUACUGGUGCUUCUGGUGGUGCUGCUGCUACUCGUGUUGUUGCCACCCAGGUUUAAUGUAGUAUUAUUAACAAAGAUGCACACACAACACAACCAUAGUAGAUAAUCAGGCUUGAUCUAAGGAAAGGGAGGGCAGCUCUAACUCCUAGGAUUGAGAAUCCUUCACCAGUAUCAAGGCACCUAAGCCAUCCUAGAAAAGCAUCUUGGUUUAUAAUGACCAACUCGAGGGAUUACUGCUAUUAUUAACCCUCAAGGGAGGUUCUUUGAUACUGGUGAGAGGCUCAUGAUCCAAGGAAUUGGACCUGCCCUCCCCUUCCCUGGAUCAAAUUUGAAUGUCUCCCAUUCCCCCCAAGCACUAUACAACUCCUAUGGGCUCAGUGCUUGCCCAUGAACAUAGCAUAAUUUUUUUUUUUUAUUAUCACACCGGCCGAUUCCCACCAAGGCAGGGUGGCCCGAAAAAGAAAAACUUUCACCAUCAUUCACUCCAUCACUGUCUUGCCAGAAGGGUGCUUUACACUACAGUUUUUAAACUGCAACAUUAACACCCCUCCUUCAGAGUGCAGGCACUGUACUUCCCAUCUCCAGGACUCAAGUCCGGCCUGCCGGUUUCCCUGAAUCCCUUCAUAAAUGUUACUUUGCUCACACUCCAACAGCACGUCAAGUAUUAAAAACCAUUUGUCUCCAUUCACUCCUAUCAAACACGCUCACGCAUGCCUGCUGGAAGUCCAAGCCCCUCGCACACAAAACCUCCUUUACCCCCUCCCUCCAACCCUUCCUAGGCCGACCCCUACCCCGCCUUCCUUCCACUACAGACUGAUACACUCUUGAAGUCAUUCUGUUUCGCUCCAUUCUCUCUACAUGUCCGAACCACCUCAACAACCCUUCCUCAGCCCUCUGGACAACAGUUUUGGUAAUCCCGCACCUCCUCCUAACUUCCAAACUACGAAUUCUCUGCAUUAUAUUUACACCACACAUUGCCCUCAGACAUGACAUCUCCACUGCCUCCAGCCUUCUCCUCGCUGCAACAUU